GAACGGUCGCACCAGGAAAUGAAGCGCGAGACGUCCAGGUUUACGCAUGGCGGCGUUACGCUGGAAUGUUUUCCAUGGAGUUUGGCAGUGUGUUUUCCAGCAGGCACGCGCCGAGUGCUCGUGCUCGUGCUCUUAGUCACCAUUGGCUUUCGCUAAACCUGAGAGGCUUUUUAAAUUUACGAUGCGGCACCGCGUGUCCCGUAUGUUCCACGUAAUCCAAGAUUUCUACUAAAACUAUCUGGAUCGCGUACAUUUCCAAAAAAAAAAAAGUUCACUAUGAAUAGAUUUAAUUUCUCAACCACAGUCCGACUUUAAACUCAGAAACGUUCGGUCCCGGCAGCAUCGGGAAGGAAUUACAGUCCCGUCUUUCUUUCUACGUUUCAGUAUCUGCCUGGAAAAAUGCUGCUCAUCCUGCUCGGAGUGCUCAUCCUGCACUUAAUCAUCCUCAUCCUUCUUAUAGUGUCUACAGCAGCCAGUGCCUGGUCUUUAGGCGACAACAUGUCUAAGGACCUGUGGUACAGCUGUCAAACCAUGGCAGAUAACGAAGGCUACCAUUGCAAGCAAGGCAGCAAUGAAGACUGGAUCCAAGCGGUGCAGGCCCUCAUGAUCCUGUCGGUGCUCUUCUGCUUCUUCUCCCUGGUCGCGUUCCUGUUCCAGCUCUUCAAGCUGCUGAAGGGCGGCCGCUUCUACUUCACCGCCAUCUUCCAGAUUUUGGCAAGUCUGUUCGUGAUGUGCGCGGCCAUCAUCUACACUGUAAUGAGCCCGGAGGCCGAGCGCACGCAGUUCGGCUACGCCUACGUGCUGGCCUGGGUAGGGUUCCCCCUGUGCCUCAUCAGCGGCCUUAUUUAUAUCAUCCUGAGGAAAAAAGAAUGAGACGAGCCGAGGGGACGGGAGGAGAGGAGAGGAGGAGGGGAGGGGUCUCUGUGACAUCUCCUGCUACACCAUCGCACUGUGCCUACUGCCCACAGACCACAGACUGACAUCCCAACGAUCCAUCCACCCAGAGGUCAAGUGUCACGAACUGUUUUAAACACACGACGGAGAUUUAUUCUUUUUUCACCGAUGGUUGUUACGCAGUAUUUCCGGUACGUCCCACAUUUCCUGCAGUGACAUAGUGUCCUCGGAGUGCGUUUAAAAGUGUGUCGGUGGCACCCGACUUCCACGAAUCCACCACGUGUGACAUCAAAGCUUCCUUCAGUACUAAGAUGUACAGAGAGUCUGUGGUUUUUAGACAUAUUUAUAACAUUUUACAUACAUUUUAUACAUAGUGUUGUCAUGUUAACAUUGUCGUGCUCUUUUUGUGAUAGUUCGUGUCUCUCACAAAUCAUGCAGCUGUGCCAAAGACAUGUCGCUUUUGUUUUGUUUUUUUCAUUUCAUCUGUCAAACUAUUUGAACUAUGUGCCUUAUGUAGAGUAUCUGUGUUCAUCUUGAAGGAAACUAGUAAAUUCUCAGCAUUAGAUAAAACAACAAUAUGAAGUGUCAAUAAACUCUAAGUUUUUUUUCUGAAUUAUCAUUGUACUUGAUAUGACAAAUAAAGUGUUUUGCUUUUUGUUAUGUAGGAUUUUUUAAAUGGUGCUUUUUCUACUAUUCUUGAAAUGUAUAGCCCACUUUUUGUUGCACCUGUGUCCUGUGAUUAAUUUGCUUUGUACAAACCUAAAGUUUUGCAUUUUUCCUCAUUAUUCUUCUAAAUAAACCAUUAGAAAUUAAA